AUGGCGCCUUCUUUGAACGCACACUCGUCCUUUACCCGCCCCCGGACUAGCGACCGCGAUGGCCGACCUACCACUCGUGAUCAAGGCGACACCAGCCUGAUCAUUCCGAGCCGCACCUCUUCCCUCCACUCACGCAUCACCCAGCCGAUUCCCUCUACACUGAACUCAAAACCUCAGCAGCGGACCCCCAAGACGCUGACCCACGCCUACAUGGUAUGUGGUGUUGGCAGAGAACCUUCCCAAUGGGUCAAGGCUCCUGCGCCCGCCCAGGGCAAGAUUGGCCACAUGAAGGGAGCUGUUGGUCAAUUCUGGCUCCCCGAGAUUCUCGGAAGCAGUCCAAGGCUGGAGCAGGACAACGAGAUCGCGAGGUCCCUGCAUGCUGCUAUGCGCGCCUGCUUUCCCCACGAUGUUGAGAUAUGCACUGGCCGCAGCCAGCCUCACUGCGUCCAUCACGCCUUCGUCUUGCAGCAGGAUUCCUCUCACACCUUGUACGGCAUCUGCCUCCGUGUCUGGUCGCGGGCCGAUGAAAAGAGGGCCGAAACCAUUCGCGACUUGCGCAAGCGAACGGAGCCCGAUUACUAUGACAACCCCGACGAGACGUACUGGAUUCCUUACUGCCUGUCGUUUUUGUCUCGGUACCCGCUUUACAACCUUCUUGGGGACUACUUGCGAGGUAUGUGGAUCCACUGGAACAAGGCGACCAAUUUGUUUCACGCCGAGGAGGUCUCUCGCAUCCUCAGCUUUCCGGCUCCGAGACUCAACGAUCUGGUUCGCAUUGACAUGAAGGACUACGCCCUCUGCUACCAGUUCCCUUCCUCGCCCACCGGCUUCCAGAACUUUGCCAUGUGGCCGCUGUUUUGCUGCCUGUCGAUUCCCAACAUUGUCGGCGUUAUCGAGGCCGCCAUCUCGCCGACUCGUCGCAUCAUCUUCGUCAGCCACUACCCGGCUAUGCUUACAAUGGCUGCCGAGACUAUCCGGUACUGCGUUCGCGUCUAUGAGUGGAGCGGUCUCUAUGUCCCCGUUGUUCACGCUCGCCACGCCAAGGAUUUGGUCCAGGAGCCUGGCCCUUACAUCCUUGGUAUCACCGCCGAGUGUCGCUCUCUCUUUACCGCUCCGACCGAUGCCCUGGUUGUUGACCUCGACCGUAACUUCGUGCUCACAUCCAGCCCUCCGACCGCACUGAACCCUAGCCAACGCAACAAGUUUGUCACCCGUCUCACCCAGUCCCUCAACGGCGAUGUCACUCCUUCCGGCGUUCCCCCCCAUCUCCGAUCUGCUUAUGGCGGCGGCAAGCUUGUCCCUGCCGGUCAAAUUAUCGUUAUGCGUGGGGAAGUCGAGUCCAUCCAGGACCCCGACUGGUGGAACCAGGAUUCCGUCAUGGCCGUCAUGGACCAUGUCUGCGAGAAGAUGGGCCGUAACACCGGCAUCAAGGCUGUUUUCGGUGGUUCUGUCAAGAAGCCUUUGAUGACCAAGGUCUCAAUGAGGCAUCUCAACGAGAUUGUUCGUGAGAGGAAUCAAUACUCUCGCGACGCUCUCGAAGCCUGGCAGGAUUUCAUCAACCUCAAGGGCCGCAUGGAUACCGAGCUCAACAAGGUUACAAAGCGCAACAACUACCUCAACGAGGAGCUAGAGAGCUGGAAGCAACAGUUUCUCAAGUUCCAGGCGUUCGCUGAGCAGCUCACCAAGGAGACCCAGGACCUCAAGUCCAAGAUUGAGACGCAUAAGAGGGAGAACAGACGUCUCGCAAGUCUCAUUGACCAACAGAAGGAUGACAACGGCCGUCUCAACGUUCGUCUUGGUGCCACUGAGAAGCAGCGUGACGAUGCCCUCGAGGCUCUCGUCCUUCAGCAGGAGAUCGCAGAGGAGCUUGAACGUGAGCGCAAGCGCAACAAGAAGGAGCUUGCCGCUCUUCAGCACACCAACAUGACUAUUCUUAGACAACGUGACGAGGCUCGUCGCGUGGUGCUGCACCUUCGCAGCUUGAUCGGUGGUCAGAGCCACCACAUGGAGCACCUCGUCCAGUCCCUAACCAAGCCUGAUGACUUGGAGCGUGAGAUUGAGGAGGGCUUCGAGCCCGAGGUUGGCGAAGAUGGCGUCGCGCCCAGGGAUGCGGACGCCAACCAGGCUCGUCUCCUCUCCGCUGCCGCUGAGGCAAACAAGAGACUCUCAACCUCGAGUUUCAAGGAUGUGGCCGACCGUCAUCUUAAGGAUAAGACAGAUGCCAUUGCGCACAUUAUCCGAAACAUUGCCGAGCAAUGCCAAGCCGCUGUUGAAGGCUUGCAGCUCGCCCAGGACGCGGAUUUUGAUGAGCGUGCCGCCAGCGCCGCCAGACUUCGCGCUCAGCGCCGUCGCAGCAACCUGUCGGGCACUCAUAGCGACGACGGCCACGAGACUCAGUCGAAUGCGACGUCCGACAUGGGUGACGACAGUCUCCUGCACCCCGCCAACGGCCGGAAUUCCAGCAUCCCCCCGACCCCGGACCUAGUCCCCAACCGAAGCAGCACGGCGAUGUCCUUCGCCUCCAGUGCUGCGACCCCUGAGAGGUCGAGCCAGCAGUACAUGAUCCAUCAGGACAUCCCCACCAAGAUCGUCGAGGACGAGGAGGACUUCGAUGAGGAGCGCAGCGAGUCUGAGGCGAUGCCUCAACCUGCUGUCGGCAAGCACACUGACAGCCUCAUUCACCGCCCAUCCGGCGCUCGAAUCAGUGCCCUUGGCGGAACCCGCUAA